AUGGUGGCUCAAUUUGAUGAAUAUAGGUGUGGACUAAGUAAAUCAAUGGAUAGUUUUGGUCUUAUUGAAAAUACCAGUCUAAGUGAAGACCCAAUUCUAACUAAUAUAGAUAAAAACAUUCAGAGUUAUAAAGAUUUCAGCUAUUUGAAUAAUGUAUCUAAGAGUGAUGAUCCCGACUAUGAUCAUUACAUGUAUGAUACUAAAUAUAGUUGGAAUAAUCACAUUAAUAAUUGCAUUGACAGUUAUCUUCAUUCUCAAAUCUGUAUUGAUGGUUACAUUUUAGGUGAUAGUGACAAAUACAAUUAUAGUUACAUUUAUAGUUACAUUUGUGGUAAAGGCAGAAAUAUUAGUGAAAGAGGGAAUUCUAGUAUAAUAACUCACACGAAUGCUAUAAGUGAUUGUGAUUUAACUAGAAGAGAAAGUGCUAAUGAUCUAGAGGAAACUAAAAAAUACAGACAUUUGUGGAUUCAGUGCGAAAAUUGUUAUGGAUUAAAUUAUAAGAAAGUCUUGAAAUCAAGAAUGGAUUGUGAACACUGUAUAUAUCAUUUGCAAAUGAGCAGUUCAGAUAGAAUCAAACUUUUAAUUAAUCGAGGUACUUGGAAUCUGAUGGAUGAAGACAUGGUUUUGAGGGAUCCCAUGAAAUUUUAUUCAGAAGAGGAAGCUUAUAAAGAUCGUCUUUCCUUUUAUCAAAGAAAGACAGGAUUAACUGAUGCUAUUCAAACAGGCACAGGUCAACUAAAUGGUAUUCCCGCUGCGGCAAUUAGGGUUAUGGAUUUUCAAUUUAUGGGAGGUAGUAUGGGAUCCGUAGUAGGUGAGAAAAUCACCCAUUUGAUCGAAUAUGCUGCCAAUCAAUUUUUACCUCUUAUUCUAAUAUGCGUUUCUGGAGGAGCACGUAUGCAAGAAGGAACUUUCAGCUUGAAGCAAAUGGGUAAAAUAUCUUCUUCUUUAUAUGAUUAUUAA